AAUAAUAUAUAGAAAUAAUGCGUUAUACUUCGUUAUAAUAUUUCGAGCAUUAUGAAAUAUAUAUUAAUUGAUUAGUGAUAUCAAAUAUAUCACGAAUUUCGAAUUCAUAUAAUAAAAUUUAUGCUUUUUUUGUUUCGCUUGGUUACGUUGCUUUCAACAACCUGUCGUUGUGCAGUCAUUGCAUGUUGGCCGCGCGUCGAUGUAACGAAGCUAUUUUCGUUUUAAAUUUCGAAUGACCCUGAUGUACUCUGCCAGAUAUCUUACACGUGUUCAUGUAUCAUAUUGGAAUUGGAACUUAAAAGUAACAAGUUUCCGAAAAAACAUUUUAUAAAUUCAAAGGAAGAUGGGUGAAGCACCUAAAUAUUAUGGUAAAAGAAGGAGUAUCGUUCGCAGAAUUGGAUCAUUUUUACCAUUAAGGCCACCUCCAAAAAUCUAUGUAAGCGUAACACCUCUUCAUUCUAUGACAAGUUCUAUGAUUAAUGAGGAAACCAGCAAUGAUUAUGUUGAUUCGAAUGGUUAUGGGCCUACAAGUGGUAGGUUAUUAGGUAGCAGACCGGAUUUAUUGGAACCAAUUAGUUUUGGUUCUGAAAUUCGUUUACUUGCUUUAGAACAAGAAUUACAAGAGCUCAGAGAGCAGAUAUCGGUAAUAGUUAAAAGUAGUAAACAAUCGCAGUAUGCAUCAGCUGCAUCAUUGUCCAGCGAGAAAGAUUUUAAAUCUCAGCCACCUCCACCACCACCGCUUCCACCACCUUCAACUCCGCACAUUGCGAGGAGGGCCAGUUUACAAGAUCACAAAAUUGAAGAUCGUAAAAAAGUGCCAUUAAAUACACAGAAAUCAAUGGGUGAUAUAUUGAAAGACAUUGAUAAAGUCAAAUUGAGGCCGAUCGCAAGGUCACCUGGAGGUCGGCCAUUACAAAUGAAACGUGUAAAUAGUCCGUGCAAUGACUUACAAGAAAUUUUACGUAAACGAUAUAUUGCAAUGCAAUCACCCGAUAGCAGAAAUUCGUCUGGUAACUUAACAUUGGAUGAUUCUUUUUCAACUUAGUUUACGCUAAUAAUCAUAAAGCACGAUAUACAAUUCGUUGUUUUCAUACAACGAUCGUGUGCUAUCAACAUGGAUUUUAUUCAAUGCAACAAUUUAUUUUCGUGCUGUUAAAUAUUUCGAAUCUUUUAUAAUCCAAUUACUUAUCUCAUAAAAACACAGUUCCUUUUAAUUUAAAAUGAAUUUGAACGCGUGGCACAUGAAAUUUAGAUAAUUCCACGAAAUAAUUUUCUUAGCGUAGAGUACAAAGCGAAUAGAACUCACUUUAAAGAGAAAAAGAGAGAGAGAGAGAGAGAGAAAGAGAGAGAGAGAGAGA